AUGAAAGAACCUCAGCUCCCUACGAAUGGAUCACCUCCAUCGGAUAACAUUCCUCUCGCAAUAAAUCCCUCAAAACAACUCCGUUUCCUCGUCAUCGGGGCCGGGUCUCGUGGAAAUGCCUACGCCCGCGCUGUUACAACUGCCACCCCUGGUGUGAUCCACGCCGUGGCCGAACCGCACGCCUUUAAACGUCGCGAAUUCGGCCGUUCAUACAUCUGGGGAACAAAAGAGGCACCGAUCGAGGGACAGGAGUUCGCCGACUGGAGAGAUUGGCUCCAGUGGGAGGUGAAGAGGAGACAAAAAACCGGUGAUGCUUGCAGCAGUCCCGGCGUCGACGGAGUCUUCAUCUGCACUCUGGACGAAACACACGUGGAAAUCGUCCAGGCCAUCGCCUCUCUCAACCUGCACAUUCUCUGCGAGAAACCUCUCGCCCUCUCCUUGACGGAUUGUCUCUCUGUCUACCGUGCCCUCUCGCAUGAAUCCCCCUCUACCAUCUUCUCCAUCGGCCAUGUCCUCCGCUACAGCCCGCACAACACCGUCCUUCGCAAAUUCCUCCUCUCCGACCAGGUCAUCGGCGACAUCGUCUCCCUCGAACACUGCGAACCAGUAGGCUGGUGGCACUUUUCCCACAGCUACGUCCGCGGCAACUGGCGUCGAGCCACCCCCGCCGGCGACGGUUCCCUCCUCACCAAAUCCUGCCACGACAUCGACUUCAUCCUCUGGCUGCUCUCUUCUCCUCCCUCUCCCUCCCCGAACUCAACAUACCACCACCCCCGCACCAUCUCCUCCACCGGCUCCCUCACCCAGUUCAAUCGCAAACGUAAACCCCGCUCCGCAGGCCACGCUACAAACUGUCUCUCCUGCCCCGCAGAGCAAGAAUGCAACUACAGCGCCCUCAAAAUCUACCGCGACAUGCACCUCUCGCAAUCCAAAACAGCCUGGCCCGUGAGCAUCGUCUGUCCCGACAUCGAGGAUGUCCAUCGAUCCCUCGGCCCCGAAGCAGCAGAUCAACAUCUCCUCUCCCGUCUCGGGGAAGACUAUGAUCAAGCCCAGAUGGACAACGCCCACAUCGCCGCGAGACCAUGGUAUGGUCGGUGCGUUUACGAAGCCGAUAACACCGUCUGCGAUGACCAAAUCGUAACCAUCACCUGGGACGACGAAUCGCCCGACCCCGACUCCCCCACUGACGCUGAGGAAACAACAGAAUCAGGCCCCGCGAAAAUAGCCAAAACAGCCGUCUUCCAUAUGAUUGCUCCCACGGAGAAACAGUGUGAGCGUCGUGGAAGGGUGUACGGUACUCGAGGUGAAAUCAGCUACGACAGUCGUUCUAUCUCUGUUUAUCGGUUCGAUACGCGGGAGACGACUGUCGUGGAUGUUCCGCGGCAGCCGCCAGAGGAGAAAGAGUCGCAUGGAGGUGGGGAUUAUGGUCUUGCGCGCAGCUUUGUGAGUGCCGUUGAGGCAGUCGAGAAUAAAGGCUGGGAUGUCCGUGAGGCCCAGGCGCGGUUCGUCGGCUGUACCUUGGAAGAGGCAGUGCGAAGCCAUGCUGUGGUUUUUGCUGCCGAGGAAGCCAGACGGGAAGAAAAGGUCGUUAAGUGGAAAGACUGGUGGGAGGAGAAACUCUCUGCCGCCGCUGUUCAACGCUUGGAGUGA